AUCACACUGGAACACAUGACAUAUAUGUGGCCAGGGCAAGAGCAAAAGAUUGAACCUACCAAAGUGCUGCGCUUAAGCAUGAUGAAGCUACAGUAUAACAAAAUAUGCUGCAUUGGCAAUGAUCAAACAACCCAUAACUACCAUUAAAAUGAGCCAACAGUGAAAUGCUGCUUACACACUCAUGUGUCAGUAAUAAUAAAUUCAUGUUAUACAAUUAUGUAUUAUAAUACUGCUAUAAUGCAUAAACAGAUAACAUUUACUGGGAUCAUUCUGGUAAAGUGAGUACUUUUACUUUUGAAUUUGGCUCCUAAUACAGGACUGUGGUACUCCUACUUUUAUUUUACAUUAUUGCUUAUAAUGAAUUUGGUAUACAUUUUUUGUGUUUUAUAAAAUCCAUUUUAAAACUUAAAACUUUUAAUAUUUCUCUCUACCUGGUGAAGAAAACCCUACGAGUAGCAUAUUGUGAUUGCGAAGUCAUUGACAGUCCAAUUAUUUUAACAUCAUGUUUUGUCCUACAUUUUUGUCCUACAUUAAAUAGAGCCUGACCCUUUGUCAUUUGUGUAAAUGCUAUUAUAUAAGCACUCUGCCGACUCUCAUGUUUCGCUGAGUGAUGGUUGAAGUUCCUUUUUGUGCAAAACAAGUUUCACUUCCCUGUUUUCAAAAGCUACUUCCUUAUGCUUAACAUUUUCCAUCGCAGCAAAUUUGUUUUUACAUGAGUAGAGCACAGUUUCCAUUAGCUAAAACAGACUCAUCAUACACUCGCUGUGGGUGGUAAGGCCUCAUCUGAGGAAUGGAUUUCACCAUCACAAAUUUGUUGUUGUGGUGCAAAGUGAAUGGGAUUUGAGCCUGGAUUUACAUACUGAGGCAGUGUCUAAUUCCUUGACAAGGAAGCUUGUGUGAGCUAGCAGAGGCUCAACAGGAGAAUACCGUGAACCCAGCCGUAAGAAAUGACAAGGCCUCAUUAAUUAUUGGAGCAGCGACACAUGAGCUUUUAAGGGGAAAUAUCCAUGCGCUGGUGAGAUGGAGGAAGCCUACAAUGAACUGUACCAGCAGUUUCUUCGCCUGAGGUCACUUUGCCUGAGACAGGCAGCUCUGUUACAUCAACUCACAACAGCUCUGCAGAAACAGCAAGGUGUCACUGUUUCUAAUGGAGGGUCCAGUGAUAUGAUGUCUAUCCCUGUGCAGUGUACCCAAGAAAUCCCUGCUUAUCUCCAUGAAAACCCUCAUUCACUGCCAGCCGCAGCCUAUGACAUGACUUUCUCUGAUCUCCUCACUGAAGAUAUGUCUAAGCUCCAUGUGUGUGCGCCUCGUCAGAGAAAAGAAAAUCUGCAGUUGGCCCCAAAUGUUGCACCCCUGAUAAGCCCGGACUCCUCAAAGUGCCCAGGAGCUUCAGCAAAUCUGAUGCGAGAAGAUCACUUUAGGGGAGACGGGACUCUGCAGAUGGGGAAUGUGGCUGUGACAAACCCUCCCUCCCUGAACAGUGACUUCUCGAGUCAGUCUGGUGGGUUGCUGAUGUCAGAUGUGGCGCCACAGUCUGAUGUUUGUGACUUCUGCCAAGCAGUUUUCCCUGGAGACACAACUACCAGAGGAGAGUUUCUUCGACACCUUUAUACGCAUGUCACUUAGUCUGCACUCAUCUUUUCCUCCUGAUAUAAGAGUUAAGAUAUAUGAUAUGCUGUGAUAGAGAAGGUAUAACUCAUUUAUACCUGAUCUUUGGAAAAAGCAUUGAGGUACACCUGUUCUUCAUAUGGUGAGCUGUCUGACUAUGGAUCACCUGUGUAGAUUCUGGCAUCAUUGACGUGUAAAAUGAAUAGACUUGCUGCGCUUUGUAUGCAAAAUAUACUGUAUUUUAAAGGCUCAGUUGAGACCAGUUACAUCCACAGGAUCAGUAUCUAGCCACGGUUUUAUUUGUGCAAGUUCUGAAUAACGUAUAUAUAUCUAAUGUUAUAUAUCUUUGGCUGCACCUAAUGACUAUUUUCUCAUUGAGUAAUCUAACGAUUCUUUCUUGGGUUAGUCAAUUAAUCUAAAGACUGUUUUACCAGUUAGUUUAAAUCUUAUUAAUUACUUUUCUCAAAAUAAAUAUGAGAAGUGCACUUUCACAUGUAUUUUUGCAGAAAAUAUAAAAUGGUCAAAAUGUAACUGUGUUAGGCGAUGGAUAGUGUAGUGUUACGUUACCAUAUUGCCAGUGGUGUUACAAGUUACUUUUAACAUGGGGGUGAUGAAUAAGCAUUUAGAAAAUGUGGUGGCUUUGGAGAGAGCAAUAUAUUAUAUGCUCAAACUGAUAUUGAUUCUUGUAGGUGGGCCUCCUUUUAGGUAGCUAAAAAAGCCAACAUCUUCCUGCAGCCAUGGUCCUCAGCACUUCAUUUACUGCAUCGUUUCCUAUGCCAGUACUUCUGUUGCUUCUCCAAACUGGUCUCUGUCUCACUCUGAAUCAAUCCACAGUCCUCCCUGUUUUUAUAGGGACUAUUUCUUCUCCAGAACGUUAAUGUUAAGCCACCCCAAUCCAGACUAGAGCAAAUUACAUCAAAACUAAACUGUACUGUGCUGCACCUUAACUGCAUGGCCAGAGUAUUCUUCUUUGAGCAAACUGGCUCACCUACUUCAUUUAACUGGUCCGGCUUAUUCUGGUGCAUCCCACAGAUUCUCGAUCGUGUCGGGAUAUGGGGAGUCUGCAGGCUGUUGUUGGGGUUGUGGCUCCCAGCAGAUCAUUGCUUUGUAAACAGAUGAUUAAUGUGAUUCACUUAUUCAUGUUAUUCACACGUUGUGGUUGAUCUGCGCUUUAGUUUUAGUUUCUACUUGCAAGAAGAAGUUAUAAUUCAUUCGCCAUUUAAAGGCAUUGCUACUUCAGGUACACUGACCAUGAUCCUCCUCAGAUGCUUUAAAGGUCCAGUGUGUGAAUAUAAUAUUCAGAAUUAUGUUUUCAUCAAAUCACCUGAAACCAACUUAAAUAAAAACUAAUAGAUUAACUUUUUUAUGUUUAAGCAAAUACUGGCCAGUGAUACCAGUUAUGGACAGUGAAACGCGGUGUUGUGUUUAUGAUCUAAAGUGACUGUAUGAAAAGAUAAUUAUAAAGAUAAUUGUUAACACUGAAAUACAUAGCUUUCAACAUGCAGUCACCCUCUAUCUAGAGGUAGCAGAGCAUCUGAUGCCAUGUUUGUUCAUCAUCAGUACAUCAUCAAGUAGUUAAUGGCUGAAAGGGGUUCAUGGGUGCUGACAAGUGAAUAUUUAUGUAACUGUAAGUUUUGUUUGCCUUGGUGUUAGAUGCAGAUCUUAAUGGCUCUUUGUAUAAGGGAAAUCUUCACUAGAGACAGAAAUACAUAUAUUAUUAUAUUUGUAAAAUAAAAAGAUUCUGACCAUGA